GCGAAGUAUUUUCGGCUGUUUUCGGCUUUGUCGGUGUUGAAAAUCUUUGGGUGAAAAUAUCAUUUUAGUUUACUAAAAAAAUGUAAGUGUAGUCUUUAGACUCCCAGAGAUGAUAAGACAAUAUUUAAAAUUCAGAAAGACAAUAACAGUGGUGUGUGUUCUGUCUCUGUUACUUCUGCUAAUUUUGAUAUUAAAAAGAGAUAGCUCAGGUGUCCAUGAUAAAAUUACCGGUUACCAAAGAAUAGCGAAAACCCAGGACCUCAAAGACAUUUCUUACAAAGAAUUUGAACCAGAGCCAAAGAAAGACUAUGUUCCGGUGCUAAAAAUGGAGCCAGAAAGCAAGAAAGAUGACAGUAUGAAGAGAGAGCUACAGGAAGCGAAGGCUCGGAUAGAACAGCUAGAAAAGAAACUGGCAUUCUUAGAAGGAAGGAUCCCUCAGAAAUACCCUGAAGUCAAAUAUCUGGGAUAUAAAGAAAGGAAAAGAAUACUGGUUACAGGUGGAGCAGGCUUUGUGGGCUCCCACCUCGUGGACGUUCUCAUGACACAAGGCCAUGAAGUAAUCGUUGUGGACAACUUCUUUACGGGUCGCAAACGUAACGUUGAACAUUGGUUUGGCCAUCGCAACUUUGAGAUGAUUCAUCAUGAUAUUGUCAAUCCUUUAUAUGUUGAGGCGGACGAAAUAUAUCACUUGGCUAGUCCUGCAAGUCCUCCACACUACAUGCAGAAUCCAGUGAAAACAAUCAAAACAAACACUUUGGGCACCAUUAACAUGUUGGGGCUGGCGAGACGUGUUGGUGCAAGAAUUCUAAUCGCUAGUACAUCUGAAGUCUACGGAGAUCCUAUGGUGCAUCCACAGCCUGAGACCUAUUGGGGGCAUGUGAAUCCUAUAGGGCCUCGUGCCUGUUACGACGAGGGUAAACGGGUGGCAGAAACGUUAGCGUACUCUUAUGCAAAGCAGGAGAAUGUAUCGGUUAGAGUGGCGAGAAUAUUUAACACAUACGGCCCGCGAAUGCACGCGUCUGAUGGCCGAGUAGUAUCCAAUUUUAUCAUGCAAGCGUUACAGAAUUUAACUAUUACCGUAUACGGUAAUGGGAAGCAGACGCGGUCUUUCUGUUACGUGUCAGAUCUCGUGGACGGACUUCUGUCGUUGAUGGCGUCCAGUUACACUCUCCCUGUCAACAUUGGGAAUCCAGUUGAGCACACUAUAGAAGAAUUCGCAGUAAUAAUAAAGAAUCAAGUCCCCGGGUGCCGAAGCACUGUGGCGACGGGCGCAGCGGUGGAGGACGACCCGCAAAGGCGGCGGCCAGACAUCGCUGUGGCUGAGGCCCAUUUGCAUUGGACACCUAAGGUUUCACUACAAGAUGGGUUACAAAGGACUAUUGAGUAUUUUAGAGAAGAAUUAUCACGGACUACAUUCUACAACAAUCAAACGUACAUGGAUGUAAAAGUUAAACCACGCAAUUAAUAUAAAAUCAUUUGGUAUUCCUUUACAAAUGUGAUAUUAGGAUGUCUGUCCAAUUUGCUUAGUCGACAUUAGACCUAUUUAUUAUUACUAUGUAGAAAAAGGUAUUUACGUAUGUAUUGUUUAUACAUAGAUAUAUUAUUAUAAAUAUUUAUCUGGUACUGAUAGUACAAGCUUUGUUAAGUUUGGGACUAGAUAUGCAAUGUAAAUGUCCAUGGAUAUUUAAUUAUUAUAAUUAAUGAUGCUAAGAAAAAGCCAGAAGUUAUACAUUAUAUUUAUUUAUUAAUGCAAGGAAAAUAAAAGGUUUUAAACUAUAAUUUGAAUAAUUAUGGAAGUAGUUUCUUAAUGCUUCAUAAUCUUAAUUCUAAUUUAGUUCAACUAUUCUAUCUUAUUCUUUUCUCCUUUCAUCACAUUUUGAGAAUAAGAUAAGUAAUUUGUAUAAUAUCCCUUGGGGGAAGGCGGAAGGCCUAUGUUCAGCCGUGGACAUCCUAUGGCUGAAAUGAUGAUGAUGAUGAAUUUGUAUAGUCUUAUGUAGUAGAAUGUAAUGAAUGUAUUUCCCAAGGCUUUUCAGAUUGUGUUCUCACAUAGGUGCUUAAUAUUACAGAUCUUGCAAAUAGGUCCAAUGUCGAAUAACUUGCCUGAAUCAUUUUAACUGUUUAUAUUUUUCAUAUCUAUGAUUUAUUCUUACAAUUAAUAUCUUUUAUAAAUAAUUAUGAGUAUUUAUACAUUUAACUGGAUUGACAUCCUUAAGUGACAAGUCUAUUUUACUUUUAUUGUAAUUGUGUUCAAAUUGUUAAAUAAAAAUUACAUAUUUCUCAAAAGUA